UUUUUCAUAAAUACAAUUACGAUUCUUUGCUUUAGAACAUUACAAUAUACUAUUCUACUAUAUUAUUUAAACAUUUAUCUAUCUUUACAUAUGUAUCCAAGUCUAUAACAUUAGACUGCGAACCUAUAAUCACUAUUUGCAGUAAACGUAACGUAAGCAUAUUUUCUCUAACAGUAACUUCAAUUUAAAUAAAAUAAUAAAUGUAUGAAAUAAUAAAAUAAUAAGAACAUGUGUUGAUAUGACAAAUUUAUCAUUUUUAUGAAUAGUUAUACAACGUAACAAUAAUGUACCAACAGUGGAAAUUAUCUUCACUACAAACUUGGACGUUUUCCCAUCAAUGACGCCACUGAUAUUAAAAAAAAAGGUGUAUUUCUUAGCACGUUAGAUUCGGCUGUUCUGUUCAAUAUAAUCUUUAUCGUAACAAAGGUGUCACUAAUAAGUAGUGCUCACAACAAGUUUUGUUAAAUAUUUGUUGAAUUUGUUGAAUCAUUGUGUAAGAAAAGUCGCGUGCAAUUUGUGUUUCUCUUAUUCUUAUUAGACCAUUCGGAAUAUAACCUUACCUGAGUUCACUAUUGCACAAGGACGAAAUAUUCAAAGCAUGUUUACAUUGUUUAUCAAUUUAUACUGAGAAUUAAAAUCGUUUGUCAUUUCUUUUAUUCAUUAAUAACAAUGAGUUCCUAAGAAAUUGAAUCUAAUUCACGUAACAUAAUCGUUAUGUUAUUUAAAAACAUGUUAUGAAAUGAAAAUACCCAAUAAAAAGGCAAGGUGUCGACUGUUAAACAUAAAUUAACAUUAUUUCCUUACUAAACACUUUUUGGCACUUGAAGUAUUUUUAUUUACAAUCUACAAUUAUUCUAUGUUAUUAAUUUAUAAUUUUGUAUGGAAUACUUAAUAUUGGAUAAAUUUGAAAUAAAUGUUUCUCAAAUACUCAGAAUAACAUUCUGAUACAUUAAUUAAAGUUUUCUUUCCUGUAAUAGUAUUUGAAAAUGACUGCUGAUAUUUUGAGUCCUAAGCCAAAAAGUACACAACCUCUAAAAAAGAGAAAAAUAGAAAUAAACUGUAUAUCUAAUGAUGAUUUGAGUAAUAAUGUUCAAACAUCUCAAGAGACUCACAAUAACAAAGAAUGUGUAAAUAAAGAAACACUGAAGUCGCCAAAUAAAAAAGACAUUACCAAUGAAAAUGUUCAAACUAUUAACAAUAACCAAAAUGUGGUAACUAAUGUAACAGAUAAUACAGAAAAUGCAAAGAUAAAAGAAACUCAUAAUAAUGAUAGAUUAUCAAACAGUAGCCAGAGAUCAUUCAUUAGUAUUCGUAAACUAGAGGAUUUAAGAUUUAUUCCUCCAAAAAAUACAGAAUUAAAUGAGUUAAUUGAUGUAAAAUCCAUUAAAGCAGAAAGUCCUGACUUAUUUAGUCCUUGUACUUUAAAUUCAAAUUCGGUAGUUAAAAGCAUAUCUGAAAAUUAUUAUCCAAAUGAAAAUAAUACUCCUAGUAAAAGAAGAAAAAGGAAAAUUAGCAAUAGUGAUUAUGAUCAGUUAUCUGAUAUACUUAAAUCAGAACUAUAUGAUGCUAAUGUAUAUGACAUGGAACCUAUUGAUAUGUUACAUGAUUUGGAUUCAGUAAUGGACUUUGAAGAAACUAAAAUAUCAUCAGAGUUUUUAUCUUCAAUAACCAAUGAUACUAUGCAAAAUGAACAGAAUAUAGAAAUGUCCAAAGAUCCACAAAUAGAUCCUCUUUUUAUUGCUAAUAGUGAUGUACAAAGUACAACCAAUGAAGAUAUGGAUAUUAAACAAAUAAAUAACCUAACCGAUACUAAAUAUAAUUUGAGAAAAAAUAAAACAUCAGAUUCGAUCAACACUGAUGAAAGUAUAAAUGAUGAAGCCUAUCACACUAUAAAAUAUGUCCUAGGAGAAUUAGACAUUCAUUCAGACGCAGAAAAUGAAGAAAGCUUAAAAAAUGCUACAAAGAGAUUAUAUGAUUUGAAAGUACAAAUAAUACAUGACAUACCACCACAACAUAAAAUUGAACAUACAGCAGGCUCAAGACCAUUAACAAAAGAAGAAAGGCACUUAUUUUUAAAAUAUGGACCAAUAAAAAAUGGUGUAUUUUCACCCAAGGAAGAUGAAACUAUCAAGAAUAAUUGGAAAACGUUCUGUAAAAUUCAUAAAUGGAACCCUGAAUAUGUAAAACCAUUUCUUUAUAUGAGGCAUGGUGGUUCACAAUACUUUAUAAAAAGUAUGAUAGAGAGGCAAAAGUUUGUUCAAUUCUUAGCAAAUGGAUUACCAUGGAGGACACUGCACAGUGUACAUCGAAGAUUUAGGAGCAUGAAUGAAAAAUAUGCAAAAUCAUUUAGAAGAUACACAGUACAAGAAGAUGAACAAAUUUUGACAUUCAUGAAAAAUAAACAUAGAAGAAAACAAAACCACAAAUUAUGUGAUAUAGCUAAAACCUUGGGACGUACAAGUCAGUCAGUUUGGUUACGUUACCAACUUCUUAAAAAAAUGCAGAAAAGAAUUACAGACAAACCAUUAACAGAAGUAAAGUGGACAUUACCUUUGAUUGGUACAUUUAUAGAAACUAUCAUGGAUGUAACUCUAUCUGAAACAGUAGAAGAUUUGAAGGAUGCUGUCCUUCCAAAACCGGUUUGGUUAAAGAUACAGGAAAAACUAAACAUAGAUCACAAUGUACUGAAAGUAUUUUGGAUGCACCAAUUGCAUAUGCAAUUGUUUUGUCCUGAGCCUAUUUAUUUAAAUGAUAUAAAAAUAAAAUUAAUUGAAUACAUGUACGGAAAAGGAAUCUCGAAUACUCGAGAAAUACUAUGGCCGAAUGUUGCAAAAUAUUUCGAGGGCGUUACUACUGUCUUUUUAUGUAAAGUAUUUUUUCAUCUUGUCAAAAAAGCUAUUACGAAAAUAGGUACAAACGACCUUCUUGAUAUUGUGGACCACUUGUAUUUCGAUAAAAUAAGUGACAUAAAGAAUGAUGUAACUGAUAAAUUUCUUCCUAGACUAUCUUAUACUGAUGGGAAGGUUAAAAUUAUAGAUAAAGAUAUGAGCGACAAUGUUGAUACGGAGUAAGAUAUAUUAAUUCAUAAAUUAAAUAAAAACAUUAUAUAUCUCAUUACAUCAUUUAUUAAACUGCAUUAUUUUCCAAUA